CCCAUUUGAGAUUUGGAUGCGAGCCCGCUCACGCGCUUGUAACUCCUUCCACCUCUCAGGCUCUGCGAAAGGCUCAUCCACGAGUUGAGCGUUCGCAGCCAGCGUGCUCGCAUUUUCGAUCUCAGACACUCGACUGCGGCUUGUUCCUGCUUCUCAGCCGUGGUGUGGACUGCCAAAAUGCAUGUGCUUACUUGGGAGUUGCGGCAGGAUACGAACACAUGCCUGCAGGAGCCGCACGGAGUGAUUGCUCUUGCGCCGGCACUUUCAUCUGGACGCUGGCCAUUCUGUGGUCGGAGAAGACCAACACCAACAACGACGCAAUACACACCAAUCACCCUUGAGCCGAGUUUGUAGCGCACGUCGCGUUUACCACGUAUCAGCCUUGCUUUCGGAAAUGUCGAGUACCACGCUCUUGUCGAGGACACGGACUGCCGUGCUGGCUUUCUCCGGCCUCGCGGCGGCGUACGGCAUCUACUAUGUGUACACCUCGUCCGCAGAUCACGCGCCCACAACCACUUUACAUCGGAGCAAUGCAGUUCACCGCACGCGCCCAGAGAGACGACCCUCGCACCGGUUUGUGCUUUCUACUCGGCCACCAGACGACGAUGCUCCGCUCGGGAUGGUUGUCAUGCACCGCACGGCUACCGACGAGAGAUUUGAAUUCAACAUCGCCUUCCUACAAGGCGUCAUGCCCGAUGACGUGGGUCUGAGAUACGACAUGCGCAUCACCAGUGCGCAAGCUACAGCCCUUGCGAGCCGCCUGCGAGUGGCGGCCGUGGAGUGCCUUCUGAACGCUGCGGUCGGCUCUCAAUCUGACACGCAGCGUCAAGCCAUCGCGCGCUUCGGGCUUGCCGACCUCUCCGAAGCCCUGAUGCGAAGAGACUAUGGAACCGUCCAACUUUUAUCACCCGAUGUCCUUCGCCUGCUCAAAGUCGAGCCCGAAGAAUACCAAGUGGGUCUUGAGAGAUUUCGAACGCCGAGCCUGUACACCAACCUCUUUGUUCACGACGUUCCCGCAGACGAUUCGUCGCAUGCUCCUACGGAAGAUCUCGACGGCCUUGACGGCGCUGCCCGCGAGACCACCCACGGGCUCAAAAGUCUGCUCUACCACAUCGCGGCAGCGGAUGCUAAGCGCAAAUCGUAUGAACAUCGUGGGAUCCAUUGCGAGGAGUGCGGCGAACGGCCGAUUCGCGGCGUCAGAUGGCAUUGCCUGAAUUGUCCGGACUUUGAUCUCUGUUCUACGUGUGAGGCCACCAUCGGGCAUCUGCCGGGACAUGUGCUCGCCAAAAUCCAGAUCCCGUUGCCCUUGCUGUCACAGCCCACCAAAGAGAUUCCGCUGUGGUACCCCGGGGACCCUAAGAAGGUGAGCGAUCCGCUUUCAGCCAGCUUUAAAUUGAGACUGGGAGAGAGGUACGAUUUCGACGAGCCGCACAUGGACGCGCAUUACGACCAAUUCAUCUGCAUUGCGAACACGUCCUGGCCGGCCGAUCCCAAUCAAGUCGGCGGCGCCAUUGACCGACACGCGUUCAACAAGGCCCUCACCUCUGAAAGAUGGCCUCAGCGUUUCCGGCCGAAUGCCAUGUAUGAUCGAAUGUUCGCGUUCUACGAUACAGAUCAUGAUGGCCUGAUCGGAUUCGAGGAGUUUGUGGAUGGGCUGGCAUAUCUGCGGGGGAACCAACGCUUCGCAGACCUUCGUCGGGCUCUGCAGGGAUUCGAUUUCGACGGCGAUGGCUACGUAGAUCGGGCAGACUUCAUCCGCCUCCUCCGCGCCAAGCAUGAGAUGCACAAACUAGUCAUCACCGACGCCGUCGAGUCUCGAGACGAAGAUCUGGCUCAGCGGGCCGCGUCUGUACUCCGCACUGCGCAGCCCAUUAGUUCGCUCUUCACCAACGACGACCCUCAGCCUGGCGAAGACCGGCCACGCAAUGGCAAACAUCUCGACCUGUCGACGAAUGAUCUGGUGCCGGCAUCGGGCACUCAUACUAUACUUGGCGACAACGAAGGAUGGGAAGCUUCCAGCAACGCGCAAGUAUCCACCACAAGUCAGACCAGAGCGGAGUUGCAGCCGCAUGAGCAGCUGCAGCACCACAUGUCCCGCUUCGAAGAGGUGCUUGAGCGUUCGGAAGCGACAGAUGCUGAAGCUAGCAGAGCGCAGGCGCAGCCGCAGCAAGACACCGAGCAGGCAGUAACAGCAUCAGGGCCCCAAGUCGCCGAUAGCAUUCGAUCGAUGGGCUUCAUCGAUGCCGAUGUGGGAACGGGUAUGGAAGACGAAGACGCACUGGACGAGGAUGUUCUGUGGCAAGUGAUCGAAGCUGGCCUACAUGAGUUACUUGACCCAUUGUUCAAGGAAAAGGAAGAGCAAGAUGACGCUGUCGUCGCUACGCGAGAAGAGCGUGCGAAGCUGCGAAUGGAGAUCGACCAGGCUGUGCAAGACAAGCAGGCCUUUCGAGAGGAGCUCGCGACGGGAUCUGAUAUUGAUCCUCUAUUGGCCAUCGCAAACGAGUCGUACACUCAAGCAAACGGCAGGCCACGGAAGCCACGACAGGGACUCGCGUUCUCGAAUACCCCCGUGUCGACUGAUGCCGCGAGCCUGGAACAGCGUGAAGCCGAGAUUGCACAGCGUCCGCUCGGGGAGCUGCUGGACAACAUGGGAUACUCUGUUGUCGACGGGGAGACGGGUAGUGGACAUUCGGGAGUGGGUGAAGAUGUAUUGCCAGCGGAUGCCGGCAUGGCUGUUGUGUCACAUUCACCCGAGACCACGAGAAUUCUGCCAGGGCCGACGCAUCUGGAGCGCACGGGCGACCCAACGAUGCCGCAGAAUCGGCCAAACCGCCCCUCGUCGGGCGAGCGUGAUGAUGUCGACGAACGGGCAGAGGAUAGGAGCCGGUUGGAGUACCUGGCAAGCCUGGACGAGGCCGAGCGAGCAAUGCAAGAGCGCGGCGGGCCCGGCAGAUUGAACGUGGCGGAGAUGGAGGCGUGUGUGCGGGCGGACGGCAGCAAAGAGUUGCGAGGCAUUGUCACGAGCUGGCUGGAAUGGGCGAGCUUCUAGCCGCGGAGGAGGCCAAGUGCUGUAGGGGGGGUUUGGUAAGACAUUAUUCAUUUCUUGCGCGGCGCGAGCAGGGGUGCUUAGGCCUUGCCAAGCCGGCCCCUGCGGAACGAGGCUGUAUAUGUAUGCCAAGUAGGGUGCGGUGUGCGGGGGCGGGAGGUCUCGCAGCGACGGAAGAGGCACGCUUGCACGUUAAUUUCGCGUAGACGCAAACUCCC